AUGUGGGUCCUCGCAGGUUUCUCCUUCAGAAACUUCUAUCACAAUAAUGGAUGUACGUACGAGGAGUCAGAAGAGGAGUCAGAAGAGGAGGAAGGGAAAAAAGAGGACAAGGAGGACUGGGAAGAAGAUGAUGAGGGCAGUGGAAUCCUUCCAAAAAUGCAGAAGAUAAUUGUUAAUAAACACAAUAAAAUCAGGAGAAACGUCAAGCCAACCGCUGCUAAUAUGCUGCAAAUGGAUAAUUUCAAGUAUGGCGUUGGGACUACAGACCCAAAACAAAAUAUAUUUGGCUACACUCAGAUAAUUUGGUAUAAUUCAUACCUAAUUGGAUGUGCUGUUGCUUAUUGCCCAGAAAUUACUUUCCCUUAUGUGUACAUAUGCCACUACUGCCCAGGAGGGAACUUAAAGAAGCAAGUUGCAAGACCCUACAAAGAAGGCCCACCUUGUAGAGACUGCCCUAAUAAGUGCAAGGAUAAACUCUGCACCAAUCCGUGUAAGUACAGAGAUAAACUUUGGAACUGCAAGGAUCUGCUAAAGAUCUACACAUAUUCUGGCUAA